CCGCUCUACAAAUUACGGAUGUAAACGUCUUCGGCUACCGUGAUAAGCCUAACCGCGGUAAGUGAUCAAAGAUGGCCUCCUCAGAGACAGCCGCUCAGUUAUUUACCCGAUUAUCUGCUAGACCUCUGUUUCAACACUUAGAAAAUCGAUUUUUUGAUUCUGUAACAGAAAAGGACAAAGACUUGCGUGGAGUUGAAAUUUUUGGAGAGGCUUCCUCUGGUAAAACUGAAAUGGUAUUACAUUUAAUAAUCAAUACAAUAAUUCCAAAGAAAUGGAAGCAUUUGGAAGUUGGUGGAAGAGGGCUAGGUGUUCUUCUUAUUGACCUGGAUUGUAAAUUCCCUAUGAUCAGGUUUUUGUGUUUGCUUGAAAAAAAACUAGAGCAUUGUAUUUCUAUAUCCAAUUCAACUGAACCAGGAACAGGGAAUAUAAUUGUAAAGGAAUUUAUAGACACUUGCUUACAAAGAUUUUUUAAAUUGGAUUGCUUUUCUACGAUAGAACUUAUUGUAAGCCUCAAGGCAUCAGAAAGAUUUCUAGAAGAUAACCCUGAAAUCUUCCUACUGAUUAUAGACAAUGCAUCAUCAUUUUACUGGUCCGAUAAUUUAAGCUGUGGUCAGUCAAAUCAAUAUGUUUCUGUUAUGAUCAAAAUUCUUAAAGAUAUAAUUCAAAACUAUGGAAUGGUUGUGGUUCUGACAAGGUCUUAUGAAGAAAAAAGUAAGUAUAGUAAACAAUCGGCUUGGUGGGAAUUAUGCAACUACCGAUAUCAUUUACAGAGAGACACUGAAUUUUUUAACAACAAGGAAGCUUCGAUAUGUGUUUGCUCAAUGCUUCAUCCUACACAUUAUAAAGUUAAAUUCACUUGGACAGAAAAUGGAUUGAAAUUUUUAGCAUAGCCUGCUUUACUUUCAGUUGUCACAUGAUCAAUCCUUGUUAAAAGCACGCAUAUUUCUUGUCCGUGUCAAUUGAGUAAAAAAUUUGUGGUAGUUAUGAUGAUUCACAUUUACGUUUUUUAUAUCAUUUUAAUUAAAAUUUAUUGGGCGUUCAAAGAUCAGAUUUUUUAUCUUUAAAUCGAAGAAUGCGAAAAUAAUGUUCAGAUAUUUAAGGGAAAAGG